AUGGGUAUUCCUGGGCUCAUCAAUGCCAUUGGCCCAGGAGAGCGUAUCUCUCUGGCCAAGCUGGCAGUGACGCACCUGGAGCGGACAGCAAGGCCGAUCCGCAUUGCAGUCGACAUUUCGAUCUGGCUCUUUCAAGUCCAAGCAGGGCGGGGCGGAAGAAACCCAGAAUUACGCACACUAUUUUAUCGGUUAUUGAAAUUACUUGCGUUGCCAGUUCAUCCCCUUUUUGUCUAUGAUGGACGGCAAAAGCCCGCUUUCAAGAGAGGCAAAGCAGUCUCAACCCGCAGUUAUGGCAAUGCGCCAAUAAUCAAGCGCUCCAAGGACCUCAUCGAGCGAUUCAGAUUUCCGUGGCAUGAGGCACCCGGCGAGGCAGAAGCUGAAUGUGCACGGUUACAGCAGGCAGGCAUUGUAGACGCUGUCAUGAGCAAUGACGUCGAUGCAUUGAUGUUCGGAUCGUCUUUGACCAUUAUGAACUUCUCAAAAGAGAGCGGAAGCGGCAGCUCUUCUGCAACUCAUGUCACAUGCUAUGCAAUGGGACAGGAUGGGCAUCCGUCAAACAUACCCCUUGAUCAACCGGGAAUGAUUCUAUUCGCUAUGCUCAGUGGAGGAGACUAUCUACCAUCUGGCGUUCCGAAAUGUGGCAGUAAACUCGCUGCGGAGAUUGCCAAGGCUGGAUUCGGCGAGGAUCUUCUGCAGGAGCUUGCCUCGCAAGCAGACGUGGAUACAGGAUUGAGCGAGUGGAGAGAAAGACUCCAAUAUGAACUCGAGGAGAACGAGAGCGGCUAUUUUACGAGAAAACACCCAGCAGUUCGAAUUCCGGACAUUUUUCCGGACCGACAAAUUCUCGAGUACUAUGCCCAGCCCAAAGUUUCCAGCGAUGAAGAAAUGGCCUUUUUGAGAAAUCGUCUCGCACAGGCUUGGGACAAAGAUAUCGACCCCCUGGCAAUCCGAACAUUUGCCGCAGACCACUUUGAAUGGAAUUAUCGAUCCGGGGCAAGGAAAUUGAUCAGGCUGCUGGCCGAGCCUCUUAUCUCGUACAGACUCCGUCUCCAGAGACCAGUUCUAGGCGUGUCGCCUGGGUUUUCAUUUGUGCCCGAUGGCCCACCUGGUCUGCAAAAGGUGUAUCGAACCCGGUCAAGCUUUGGCACUGAUGCAGUGCCAGAACUCCAGUUAGAUAUGCUGCCCGCAGAUGUUGUUGGGCUGGAUCUCCUUGCCGAAGAACCAAACCCGCCAUUUCCAACCCAAACUGGUGUACAGGAAGGCGAGGAAGAGGACGACCCGGAGGGAGUUGCUGGAUCGCCACCUCCGACACCAUCGAAGUCUCGGGUUACGAAACGAUUUGAUCCGUUCUCCCUCGAAAAGGUCUGGGUAUUCGAGACUGUCGCAAAACUAGGUGUCCCUGGAGUCAUCAAAAAUUGGGAGAAGGAACAGGCCGAAAAAGCCAGGAAAGCCGAAGAAGCGGCGGCGAAGAAGAAGACCAGUACUCGACGCACCGGUCCCAAGAAAAAGGGACCGAUUGAUGCUGGAAUGAAAAGAGGGAGUAUCUUGAAAUACGGAACCCUGACGAAAGAAAAGUCCGAAUUGUCAACAACUAAACAAACGCACUUGUUAGAAGCCGCUACGUCGACCCAGAAUCCUCUUUCCCGGCUUGUUUCUGGGUCUUCUUCCCCAAUAAUUGUGGACCAGGCAGACGAUCAUUUCUCCUCUCCGAGCAUGUAUAUUCAGCAGAGACCCUCACUGACGAUGCACUACGUUUCUCAGGAGAUCGAUGGUCUCCUGGAUUCAUUCUCUUCAAUGUGUAACUUGUCUCCUUCUGCCAAUAUCAAGCGUCACCCCGCGUCAGAUCAGUCCCGCAUCAGAGCAAGGCGCACUGCUUUGGGGGCUGGUCGGGUUGAUAUUGAAGAAUCGGACGUACUAGACAUGAACACCGAUUAUUCUCCGUCUCGACCGGCAGGGCGCAUGGGGCUCAAAAUCAGCUACUCGGUCUCCGACAUUUGUGAAUCUGAGACUUUCGAGGAGGACUUUCCAGCCAGAACACUGAUAGCACUGUCUUCUCCGGCCGGGAAGACUCUAUCUAAGUCAAAGAAGAUUCCCAAGGUACAGUGUGGGGAAAAGGCCGAGGUUGAACACAUCGAAAAAGCCAUCGAGUCUCUUUCUUUGUCCUCGAAAAUCGACGAGGGUCAGCACGAAAACACCGCAACUCGCUCGUUAUGCCAACCCUCAACGAAGAGGGCACCGCAAGCACCAAAAGUUCGGACUCGUUCCUCUAAGGUCGAAGAUGUCAAACCAGCCCGAUCAUGCAGUCAACCAAACCCCAAGCCCGAACUCGAGCCGGAGCAUACAUUACCAUUGAGCUUGAAAACAUGCGAAAACAAUAAGGCGGACGACAUAAAUAAGUCUCCCAAGAAGUCUUCAAAGAGGACGACAAUUACAACUUCGAAGCGCGAGACCUCGGGGCACUUGGAAAACAUUAUAUUGCACGACGGCUUUUGGUCGAUCGACCAAUCUCCGCCUGAACAAGAUCCGUGCGAAGGCCUGAGCACAGCGCGCAGACAGACUCAACCUGCUAAGAAGAAAAGAAUCCCACGCGUCAGCAUUCUUGACCUCGUUUGA